CUGACAACAAAGUCAGAGUGAACAAAAUGGGUUGCUUCAACAGUAAAGUUGCACCUUUUCCUCCUACUUUUCGCACCAAAAAACAGCAAAAGAGACUCAAAGAGAUAUUGAACAAGCAUGGAAUCAAAGCCAAAGUGACAGGAGGUGGCAUUGCUUUUGAUAUUGCGAUAAUUGGCGGAGGAGAGCCAACAUGCCCCACAGCGUCGCCUUUGAGCAAAAAGCUUCAGAGAAAUGAAACUGAGGACGAAGUUGCUUUAAAACGCAAAAGGGAACUUGCAAUGAUAGAAAAGCAAGAAAAAGCCAGAGAACGAAGGGAGGAGAUAGAGAGGAAGAGGAGGGAAAAGAUGAGGAGGCAGACACUACAUCGCCAGACAAAUUAUAAACUUAGUGUUAUGUUUCAUCUGCUGGACAUUUUACAGUGAUUGGAAUAUGAAAUUUAUAUUGUUUCUCUA